AUGAAUACAGUAUUAUGUAUAUCAACAAAAUAUACAAAACAUAUAAAUCAUACUACAAAUGAUUUAAUAAAUAAUAAUAAUUAUUAUUAUUAUAAUAAUAAUCAAUAUCAUCAAUCAAUACAAUCAUUUAUUGAUCAUUUUAAACCACCAGAUGAAAAACGUCCAUGUCGUUAUCGUUUUUAUGAUGAUGUUGAAACAAGUACAUUAUUAGCUGAUUAUGUUAUUAUUGGUUUACCAAUACAAAUAUAUCGUCGUCAAUUUGGUCCAUUAUAUAAUAUUAGUUUAUUAGUAAAUAAUAUAUUAAAACAUAUCAAAUCUAGUCGAUUUCCUAUACGUGUUAAUCAUUUAUUAAGAAUAGGACAAUUUAGUAUAUUUCCUGAUCCUGGUCGUUGUUGGAUUAAUGUUCAUAAAAAUAAAAAAUAUAUAUUUUUUUUAAAUCAACCUGAUUGGUCUGGUUUUUCUAAAAUUACACAAUUACCUAUUGAAUAUACAAAUAAUGCAUAUCAUUCUAUUAUUAAUAUUAUGAAAUAUGGUGCUGAUCCCCUUCAAAUGCGUUCAUUGUAUCAUGAAGAUGUAUUAAAGGUUAAUGAAGGAAAUGAUUUAUUAUUAUCAUGUCGUGUACGUGGUCGACCUACACCAUUAAUUUCAUGGUAUAUUAAUCAAACAGAAAUCAAAUAUCCAUGGAGAUUAGAAACAGGACGUGGAAUAAUUCAAAAAUCACGAUACCUAUCAAAACUUCAAUUGAGUAAUGUACAUACAACUGACAAUGCUAAUUAUACAUGUUUAGCAGAGAAUUUAAAUGGUCAUAUACGUAAAUCAGUACAAGUGAUUGUUAAACCAGCAACUACUUCACCACCACCUACUACAACACCUCUUCCAACAACAACUGAAAUGACGACUACUUCUGUACAUCCUUGUCAUAAUUAUUGUCAUCGAGGACAUUGUUACAUAAUAGAUGGGAAACCAUAUUGCAGUUGUAUUUCCCAAUAUCGUGGAGUAAGAUGCGACCUUUUUACACUAGAAAAAGAAGAAAAUCAUUUGGAUCAAUUACCAAUUAAUGAAUCAAAAUUUGAUUCAUGCGAAUCAGGCUGUGAAUCAAAUCUUGCUCGUGUUCUAUUAUUUUCAACAAUCGGUAUACUACUUACAUUACUUUUCAUUUUUUUUCUAUGUUCAAUAUUUCAAAUUUGUUAUAAAAAGCGACAAUCAUCAAAUAGAACAUGUUCAUCAGUAUUGGUAAAAUCAACAGUAUCGAAACAAGAUAAUCCAGAUAAUAUUCCAUAUAAAUUUAAUCCAUAUUCAAUCAAUUUAUCAUUACCUAAACAGAAUUAUUCAAAACAAUCUAAAAUAUAUCUUAAUCCAUUAUUUGAUACAUAUAUAACUAAAGUAUAUUCAAUAAAUACCCAAACGAAUCCUACUGAUAUAAGUUCACAGAGUACAAUGAACGAUAUGUCAAAAUGUCAUUAUCAUCAUCAUCAUCAUCAGCAGCAGCAGCAGCAGCGGCGGCAGCAGCAGCAGCAGCAACAGGAGAAACAACAACAUCAGUAUCAUCAUAUUCUCUAUAAUCAACAUAAUUGUACCAAUUAUAUUGAUCCUUUAACAUAUAUAUCAUCAAUAUCAACUAUGAAUAAAAUAAAUUCAAAUAUUAGUAAUAUUACAAAUUUUCAUAAAAAUUUAUCAAUAUCAUCAAUUAUUGAUUUUGUUGAAAAUUCUUCAAUCUUAUCUAAUUAUUCUGAUCAUUUAUCACAAUCAAUAAAACAAUCAAUAAAUCAACAAGAUAAUUCUUAUAUAAAUACCAUUAAUCCUAUAGAAACUAUGAAAACUAGUUUAUCUCAUAAUAUACCAAUCAUAAGUGAAUUAAAUGAUGAUAAACAUAUUGAUUCUAGAAAUGAUCAAAUACAAUUCUCUAAUAAUACAAAUCAAUAUAAUUUAUCAUUAAUGGAUCAAUAUCAAUCAAAUUAUAUACCAUAUUCAAAUGUAGACUCAGAUAUUCAUCAUAUACCAUUAAUGACAAACUUACCCUAUGAUAAUAAUAAUAAUAAUAAUAAUAAUAGUAAUAAUAAUAAUAGUAAUAAUGUUAUAUUCAAUUUGAAUAAUACUAAUGAUAUUACAAAUAAUACAGACUACUUAUUACAUAACUCAUUAAUAUGGAGUAAUUCUAAUAAUAAUAAUAAUAAUAAUAAUAAUAAUAAUAAUAAUAAUAAUAAUAGUAAUAAUAAUAAUAAUGAUCAUCAUCAUCAUCACCAUCAUCAUCAUCAUGAUCAUAAGACAAUGAUGAAUACAUCAUCUAUUAAAUCUUUAUCAAAUAAGUCUUGUCAACAAUGUAUAAUACAUCAUCAUUGUCACCAUGGUUACCAAAUAAAUCAAUAUGACUAUUCUAAAAAUUCUCCAAUACAAUUAGAAUUUGAUUCAAUUAAAAAUAUUUCUGAUAAUUGUUAAUUUAAAAAGAAACUGUGUUUUUUUUCUGUUUUUUUUUUUCGAAGAAAAAAACAAACAAAAAACCCGUUUUUUUUCCAAGUUUUUCUCUCUUUUCUUUUUUCUUUUUGUUGUUGUUGUUGUUAUUAUUAUUCAUAUCUCUCUUAAGUAUUAAUGAUAACGAUGUGAAAUAUGUACAAUAAUGGAUAAUGUACGCACAGAAAAAUAUAAAUCAUUAAUAUCAAAUGGUCUAUAUCAUGGUGAAUAUUUAUUUAUUUUUUACAUAUCAAAUAAUAUAAAUAAAUGAACAAUAUCUUUCUUUCUUUCUUAUAUAAGAAAGUAUAAGAACAAUAAAAAAAUAAUCAAUGAUAGUUCAAUGAUUCUUAAUAUUUCUCCUCCCCUCCCCAAUUAUCACCAUCAUCAUCAUCACCACCACCAC